AUGAUGUGCUUGGGUUUGGUCUCCUUGCAGCUGUUGCUUGCGCCGCAGGCCUUUGCAGAAGCCUCGGUGCCUAUGCUCCGUGGCCUCACGCGCGGCCUCGCCGAGCUUCCCAGCUGUGCAGAGAAGCCCAACUUCCACUUGGCACGUGCUUCCUGGUGUGGAGAGCAGAAGGAGCCCUUGGCCUGCUCCAAGGAUGUGGACAGCCUGAACCCAAUCUGGGACUGCCACCUACAGGCCGAGGCCGGGUGCUCCUUGGGGGGCAGCCCUUGUGCGUGGCCUGAAGGAGGAGCUCCAGCCAGGGAGGUGUCCAGCGACUGGCAGAACCAGAACGCCCAAGGCCAAGCCACGCGCUUCGUCACUUGGAACCUCUACGUCUUCACCUUGGCGGGCCGUAUCCAUCCUGUCGUGGACGAGCUUCUGCGCAUGCAGCCCGAGAUCGCAGCCAUCCCAGAGAUGUGGCACGAGAAGGGUGCCAUCCUGGAUGUGCUCAACCAGAGGUCCGGCAACGUUUGGGCCUUUGCAACAGGAGGAGCCACGGAGCAGUUCAAUGAUGCAGACAUCUUGUUUAGGACUGACAAGUGGGAGCACAUUGCCAGUGACCUCGUUCCGUUCUCGGCAGGCCGUGCCAUUAACUGGGCAGCCUUGAGGCGCAAAUCCGAUGGCUACGCGCUUAUUGCAUCGGGGACACAUCCGCUUUGCUGUCAAGGCGACUACGUCAUUACAGAGGCUGUCGACUUCGUGACCAAGACCCUUAGUCAGGUGCAGAACCGUCAUCCGUACCCAAUCGUCCUCAUGGGAGACUUGAACACAGGCUAUUUCCAGCCUUCGCAGCAGCUUCUGAGACAAGGACAGGUUGAGGCCUUCGGACGCCACUGGCAAAUUCCAAUGACGUUCACAGAUGCAUGGGCCGAGCUUCACCCCGGUAAUCCGGACCCCUCCACGAUCAACGAUGACCCGGUUCGGUUGGACUACGUGUACUUCCAGAAGACGCCGUUUUCCGUGGGCCAGUCCAUCGUGCAGUCCCAGAUAUGGCCACGAGCCGCUGGAAGCGACCACCGGGCGGUCUCCGGGGACGUCGUGCUCAACCGGUGA